AUGCAGCAGCCGGUCUCGGUUGUUGUUGGUCCCGUAACGGGGCGAGGGGGGAAUGUGGUCGAGAGUGGUGGCGGAUCGAGAUCUUCACUCACUCCUCCAUCAUCAACGGACGGCUAUCAGCCGAGCAUUGCUGCUCAAGGAAUGACCGCCGACUCUGCUGCCGCCGCCCUACUACAGCAAUCCCAUCAGCACCACGCUAAUGGCUCCAGCGUUGCUACGGGUCAGCAGUAUUCAGUAGAGUAUUUGUCACAGUUGCUCAAGGACAAGAAACAAUUAUCCGCUUUUCCAAAUGUCUUCCACCAUCUGGAACGACUCGCAGAUGAAGAAAUCAGCAAAGUACGGGUGGCUCUGUUCCAAUUUGAGUUCACCAAGGAAGAGAUGAGCCUUCCAGAACCAGAAGGAGAUAUUCAAAUCACUACCGAAAAAGUUUUCGUUCCUGCGAAAGAACAUCCCGAUUAUAAUUUCGUCGGGCGAAUACUUGGACCACGAGGGAUGACAGCGAAGCAAUUGGAACAGGAAACAGGUUGCAAAAUAAUGGUACGAGGGCGAGGAUCAAUGCGCGAUAAAAAGAAGGAAGAAUUGAAUCGCGGGAAACCAAAUUGGGAGCAUCUAUCUGAAGAUUUGCAUGUGCUGAUUCAAUGCGAGGAUACACCUAAUCGAGCCCGGGUCAAGUUAGCUAGAGCUGUUGAAGAAGUCAAGAAACUCCUAGUACCAGCUCCGGAAGGUGAAGAUGAGUUGAAACGAAAGCAGCUGAUGGAGCUAGCAAUCAUUAACGGAACCUAUCGUUCGGCAACCGAACAAGCAGCUGCGGCUGCAGCAGCGGCGCAACUCAAACAACCUCUGGCUGCAGCUCUUCAAGCUGCCGCCCUAUCUGCUCAAGCCCGAAGUGUUCUACCGAUAUUAGCCGCUAAUAAUCCGGCUUUAGCUAGGUCACCAACGAUGGCGGUUGCCGGUGCACCCAUAGUGAUGAGCCCUGGACGAGGAGCUGCUGGACAGCAGACUCAGAUGUUAGGUUUACAAUCACAACUGGGCGCAGCCGUCGCAGUCAGCAGUAAUGCCGCCGCUGUAGCAGCACAGCAAGCUGCAAUAUUGCAACAGCAUCAGCAGCAAGCUGCCGAAUACCAACAAUUGCUUCUAAGUCAGGGUCUAUCCUACGAGAACUUGGCAAAUGUGGCCGCCUUGCAGCAGUUCCAGCAAGCCCAAGCACAACAAGCAGCCGCCCAACAACAGUACAGCUUGCUGGGGGGACAGUACUCAGAUUACGCAGGUGUAGAUAUAGCCGCUGCUCAGACAGCUCCCGGUGCCAUGAUUAACCAACGUCGUGUCCUCGGCACUUCUCGUGACCAUCCCUACAAGCAGUAG